UUUUUCACAAGAGGCAAAGCAGCCGGACCCCUGAGCCUUACACUUUCUGAAAGCCUGCUACUCUACGAUGCCUUUGAGGCUAAAAUGUCUCAAAUGAAGCAUGUUGUCAUGAAAGACAGAGACCAGGAUGUUGAAAAGAACUUGGACUGGAGUUAUAUUGAAUGGGUGGGAAAUGAAGUUGUCACUUCAGGUGUGGCGAAUGCAGAGACCCAAACGGAUCGAGGCCCUUUUGAGCACAAGGGGUGCCAAACCAGCAACCCGGUGAUAAUGCACAUCGAUCUCACACGGACACACUCCAGGCUGAGGCAUUCACCCUUACUAGAUCAUGACGGCAAGGUAGCACCUCUCUUCCAGUUCGACCGACAGGCUCCCGGCCGCAUCUCCACCUCUCCCACCUUGAGGAGGAUGAGGAGCACCAGGCGUCCCGUGUUGGACACCCAGGAUCCCGCAAGGAUGGGUAUCACCAAGGAGGAGCCCUCCCCUGCAAGCUUGUCAUCGCCUUUACACAGAAUAAAGUCUCCCCUCGCCACAAGCCCCCUCCUGUCGAGUGGCGAGCUCUGUCACGACCAGCCGCCAAUUUCAUCCUGUGGCCGACAGAGAACCAGAUCACAUAGAUCAAAGACCUUUGACAAUGGUAUUGCUUCCAUGAAGCCAGAGUGUCGAAGUGCUCACCCUACUAUUGUGAAAGAUUUUGGCUUUCUUGAUAGUGAAUUACAGGAGAAGGAGCAUCGUCCUCAUAGCCACAGACAUGCCUCGGUAACUCACUGUGGAAGGCCACCAAGAGGAUUAGAAGUGCCACAGAGCAAUGCCGUGACUCAUUUAGCACAAAUGGGUCUACAGGAAAGGAGGCGGAGCUCUGUAGUCGUCAGUUUACCUGGCUUGGAUGUUUCACCUGGAGACCUGUUUGUAUCUAAUGGAGCAGCUGACAUGCUAAACAACUUUUCUGGUAACACGAAUUCUUCCAGUGCACUAUAUGUUGUCUCACCAUCUGGGCAGAAUGCCAGUGAUAACUUUCACUUUACUGCUUUCACACGACAUGUCAGUCCAAACAUCUCUUGUCUUUAUCUGCCAGACACAAAGAAGUCAAAGUGGCCUUUUUCAAGGCGUAGCACAACUAAAGGGAAGUCCCAAACAGGAAUGUCGGUGUCUGAUAUUGAACGAUAUCUUUCAACAGCAGAAAUUCAGGACUGGAGGAACUGUGACCUUCAGAAAUAUAAGGACUACACCGUGGCAGAGUUCCUGCAGGACCAGUCCUCCCAGUGGAGCGCCACCUCUGACCCUGUUGCCUUUAAAAGACAAGAGGCCAUCUGGGAGCUUUUCACCAGCGAGUGCGUUUACUUCUUGGAUCAGCUCAUGGUUCUCAAAGAGGUGUUUUUGGCGACACUUAGAAACCUUCAGAUGAGAUCCUGCCUGGCUGAUAUUGACACCUGGAGGCUGUUUGCAAACCUCAGUGAGCUUUGCUUGGUGAGCUUUGGUUUCCUUAACAAUCUCCUGCGCGUCAUCAAGGACUCGUUGGAUGUCACCGAUGGUAACCGAGCCACUCUGCUAGAGCUGUUGAGCAAAACUUUCCAGGAGAGCAUAUGCCACUGCUUGCAGAAGUACUGCCUCAACUACUCCACAGCUUUGCUUUAUCUGGACAGCCUGAAGCCCAGAGAGGACUUUGGGUCUUAUGUCAAGUGGUCUGAGAGCAACAAGCAGUGCCGCAGGCUGCAACUGCGGGACCUGCUGGUUGCGCCAUUGCAGAGGCUAACCCGCUACCCGCUGCUCCUACGGAACAUCGCCAGGCGGUUCGACACGGAGGAGGAAAGCAGGGAUGUGCAGGCUGUAGCGGAGCAAGUGGACAUGUCAAUAUGUGACCUGGAGGGAAAGGUGAAAUGGUUGGACAGCUACCAGAAGGUCAAACAGCUGAGAGACGCCCUGGUGUGGCAGCCGGUGUGGGAGCGGGACAAGCGGGCCUUCAUCCCCGAGACCGUCAAACAUCUGCUGAAAGCCGUGACGCUGGAGAAUCUCAUUUCUCACAGAAGUCUGCUGCACGGAGGCAAACUGAUUCUCACAGAGAACGCCAAGCUCAUAGACGUCUACCUGUUCCUCUUUGACGAAUUCCUGCUCAUUACCAAGAUAAAGAGAAACAAGAAGUGUGUGCAGAGGUCCAUCGGCCCGGAAGCAAACUCCUUGCGCGUGGCGCAGAACCUGGAGCUGGAUCAGCUGCUGAAGGAAGGAUGCACCUUCACGGUUCUCGACCAGCCCGUCUCUCUGGACCGACUCCAGCUCAGGAACAUUGAUCAGCUCAACGCAUCAACAUCAGGGCUGCCUCAUUCUUUUAUAAUUACGCACCAGAACCGCUACCAGCAGUGUAUCGGCGCGUUUGUCCUGCAGGCUGCGUCAGAGUCUUCCAAGAGAGCGUGGCUGUCUAAGAUAGAGGAGGCUGUGUCGGUCCUGCUGAAGCUCGACUCUCAGCAGGCGCGAGUGACGAACGAUUCCCUGUGGUUGGAGUCGUCCCAGAUCUGAGACAUUCCCCUGCACGAGACGCCGUCUGCGUACACUUCAGUCCCCACGUCGUCCAUGAAGACACUAGCACUAAUGUAUACAGAACAGUACGGUGAACUGCUGCUGCAGUACUGUACUAUUAAAGCUUUGCUCAUGUAGUACAACUUGUUACCUUGUUUUUCUUCUUACACAGCCUGCGUAUGGGAGCAUCACACUGGAUGAAUUUGCUUAAUUUUAUUAGGAUUUAUAACAGCGACAAGAAUGACUACAAAAUGUGUCAAUCUAACUCAAUAACAUCAAUGUGAACCUGCUGAUAGAAGUAUUGUCACUGGAGCAACAGAUCUUAAAAUAAAAUCUG